AUGCACUUCGUGGGAAUGUGUCCGCUUUUGGCGCGCCCCAACCAAACCAUCGUCAAAGUCCUCCAGUCCAGAACAAUCAUGUCCUCCUCAACAAAUCAGCCGAAUACAACUUUGUACAUUAAGAAUCUAAACGACAAGGUUAACAAGGAGGAACUCAAAACUCAACUAUUCGCUCUCUUCACAACAUAUGGCAAAAUUAUCGAUAUCAUCGCUUCAAAGAGCCAGAAAAUGCGCGGCCAGGCCUUUCUCGUCUUCACUGAUCUCGCAGGCGCGACGUCUGCCAUGAGAGCAUGCGAAGGUAUGAUAUUCUAUGACAAACCACUACACAUCGACUAUGCAAAGUCAAAAUCGUAUGCCACCCUUCGCGCAGAGGACCCCGAUUUUGUGCCUCCAACGUCCGCCAACGCGAGCUCAAUCGUGACUCAAAAUGGCAAGCGCCAAAGAGAUGGCGAACCAGAAUCAGACCGUCAGACGAAGAGGGAAAAGGCAGACGACUCAGAUGAGGAAAUGGAAAUCGAUGAUGAGGAUGAAACUCCACAAAAGAACUCAUCUGCGGCGCCAACUAGCGUGCCUACUGAGGUGCAACAGCCAUCAUCACGACUGCUAUGUACCAACUUGCCUCAAGAAGUCACGGACGACGUGUUGUCCGUUCUAUUCCAACAGUACAAGGGUUUCCAAAAAACCCAUGUUACAUGGUCUCCUGCCCUUAAUCCUGCCGGUAUUCGGGUGAAAAUGGCCCAGGUGAUGUUCGAGUCAGCCGAAUUAGCUAUUACUGCCAAGGAUGCUCUGGAUGGCUUCACUCUAAAAAAGGGCUGGCAAAUGUCUGUGGUCUAUAUUUGA